AUGAGAUACAAGGCUUCGCUGGUGAUGAGGAGACGUUUACGUAUUUACCGAAACACUCUGAAAGAGUUGGGCGAGAAGCCCUUCCGCUGCGAGUUCGAGGGCUGCGAGCGGCGCUUCGCCAACAGCAGCGACCGCAAGAAGCACUCGCACGUGCACACGAGCGACAAGCCGUACCUGUGCAAGGUGCGGGGCUGCGACAAGUCCUACACGCACCCCAGCUCGCUGCGCAAGCACAUGAAGGUGCACGGCCGCGACCCCGCCGCCCCGGCCGCCCGUCCCCGCUCCGCCCAGUCGCCCCCCCUGCUUCCCAGGCCCGCCUGGCUCCGGGAGGCGCUGGGGACGCAGGGGUCAGUGGUGGUGGUGGUGGUGGUGGUGGUGGGGAAGGUUCUAGGCAGGGUAGAAGGGCAGGCCGGGCCUCUGAAGGCCAGGGAGGGCCUGGACCGACCGCCUCAUUUUGAUCUGCGGCCCACGCAGCUGGCCGUCCACCCAAUCCUGAAUGGGGCAGCGCCCACGAAGGUGACAGAGAUGGCACUCACCGGCGACCUUUGGGGUCAGCGGGUGUCUAACUUUCGUGUUAUUUAUUGUUUACUUUUCUCUGAGGUCAGCUUGAAAGUGGGGCGCUUCCUUCCGGGACAGUACGCCAAAGUGAACUUCUCCAAGGACGCCAGGCCGGGGUGUUUGGCUGGCUUUGUGCUGAUGAGGAUCAUGAUCCGUAAGUCGACCCUCCUGUACGGCUUUCACAGGUUCAGACCCCGAUUGGGGAGGCUGCUGGUGCCUGGAUCUGCAGAUUUUCCUGGUCAUGUGUUCCCAUUUCUCGGGGUAAAUGCCCACCCCAAGGAAGCCUGUACCCCUUGUAUUUCAUUCCCUGUGACUUCGGCCCUCAAGUCUCUGCAGCUGCCCAUCGGCGACCCCAUAUCGGAACCCAUUAAGAGACACGAAUUCUUUGGGUCAGAAGCUCCACCCUGCAGCCACGGCGCAUGA